AUGGUGGGAGAGGUGAGCCUAGAUCAGAAAGUCACCGAUGGCUGCAGACGACGGGUGGGUAACCAUCGACAGACUCCAAUCGCUGCUUUCGCCAAGCGGGUCCACCGAUGUGCUCCGUUAGGGCUUAUGGUCGUCGAGCCAGACUACGUGGAAGGUUUUUUACCUGCACCCUUGAGACCAAAAAGGCCACGGCGAUCACUUGCUGCCAAGCUCAAGGUCCAACCGAUCCCGUUCGACGGGAGCCCCAAUUCCCUACAGCCUGCAACCGAACCUGGAGCCGGACGCGCCUCCUGUCAAAGUAUUGUGGAAUCAAUGCAACAGCGGCAAGGCGCUUGCGAUGAUCGUGGUGAGAGGCUUGGCGACGAGUCAAGCGGGUGCGGCAUCAAUGGUUCCCCUCACGGCACUGCCAUUUGUAGCCCAUCCCUCGACAUACUGACGUACGAGUACCGAGGACCAACGUCGUCAAUACCGGAAAAUCAGCCGUUACAGUCAACACCGUCAGCCAUGGACGUCAGAACUCUUGCUUCCCCUUCGUUGGAGCCGAUAGGUGGGACGAAAGUGGCGAAAGGGCAUGGUGACUUGGAAAUGACAUCGGCGACCCUUGGUAGCUCAAGCCGAGGUAAGCAAGUGACCGAUGGGGGGACUGCGAUGGCGUCGUUCGAAGGUGAAGGCGGGAAGGCCCCAACAAGAAGCAACGAGGGAGCGAUAUUUCAAAGGAACACAACACACAUGCGCGAAACUACGGGAGGUGCUGCUAUUGGGUCUGGCAGAGGGUCAGAGGCGGAGGAGGAAAACGAAGGAGAAAACGACCCGCAUAUAGCGGACGGUAGCGAUGCUGGGGGACGCUUUGCUACAUGGCCAGCGUCAGAAAUGAUCAAAGGGGCUAAAACGACAUCGACGAUGACAAAGCAGGACUUCAGGGACGUGGUCAUACCGAUGGCCCUUCCCGGGGAGGCACAUCAGAUGGACUUUGGAGCCGCCGCGAAAGCUGUCGUUCUAGCUUCAGGAUCAUCCCGGUUCAACGUUUCCAGCGCCCCAUUCGUUAUUUUGCUGCACUUUUUCGAGACCUAUGCGUAUUCCCUGAUGACUUUUCAGGUGGAACAUUUCCGGAGAUUCGGUACUGCGCGGAAAAAAACAGCGAUCGGGAUGAGAAGAACUGGCUUUAACACUCGGAGGCUUACGAGUGGGAUCAUUUACCCCCUUGCCGUCCUUUUCCCGAAAGGGGUUAAACAGGGUUUCACGCGAACGAUACGCUAUACAUCAUUAGUCAGACCUGGAAAACCUACAGUACCUGAAAACCCCAACUUGUCGCACAGUAAUCGCGACUGUCGUAAUAUCAAACUUUUGAUGUCGCAGAUUCAACGCGCGUGGCGGGGAUACCUCGCUCGGACGGCGUUCUGGACAGAAGGUGGCGUCGGGCUCCACGCGGUUGCCACCAGGAUUCAACGGAUCUUUCGGGGCUGGCGUGGGAAGGUCCGUGCCGUGCAAGCCUUAUUGGAGAAGAGAGCACGAGCAGCUACGGUGAUUACGGCUUUGGGUCGAGGGUUCCAAGGUCGGCAGAAGGCCAGGCGACUACGCGUGAACUGGCACAACGCGGCAGCGGCGAAGAUCCAGGGCCACUUCCGAGCACGUGCAGCAAGGAGGUGGAUGGAGCAGCUUCAUCUCGUAGCGGCCAUUCGGGGGGCGACGCGAGUCCAAGCUGUCUGGAGAGGUUCUUCCGCCAGGAGACGAUUCCGCGUGCUCCACUUAGACCAAAGCAUGGAAGAGAAGUUUCUCAAAGGUGUGGGGUGGCAGGUUAAACUCCAUUGGUCUAGCUAG